AUGGCGGCCUUUCCACGGUUCAGGUUCCUGGCUAUCGCCGUCAUCUUCCACUUCGCCUACAUCUUCUCCAUCUUCGACAUCUAUUUUGUCAGUCCCAUAGAGACUGGCAUGCGCUUGUUUAAUGUUGAACGACCCCCAAAUCGUAAUGCACCCGCGGAUCGACUGGUUCUGUUCGUAGGAGACGGCUUGCGUGCCGACAAGGCACUUCAGUCCCAUCCCGAACCGUACCCCAAAUCCGAUGCAGAUAUGACCCCGAGACCUCUCGCCCCAUACUUGCGAUCAAAGAUCUUGGAACAAGGAACCUUUGGUGUCUCCCAUACGCGCGUCCCGACCGAAUCUCGACCAGGCCAUGUUGCGCUCAUCGCCGGCUUGUACGAGGAUGUAUCAGCCGUUACGACAGGAUGGAAGUUGAACCCAGUCAACUUUGACAGCUUGUUCAACCGCAGUCGGCAUACGUGGAGCUGGGGUAGCCCGGAUAUUCUACCAAUGUUUGAGCAGGGAGCUGUGCCUGGGAGAGUUGACGCCUAUACAUACGGACACGAGUUCGAGGAUUUCUCGUCGGACGCCACCCAGCUCGACCUCUGGGUUUUUGACCACGUAAAAGACUUCUUUGCUGAGGCGCGUUUGGAUACUACGGGUCAUUCAUACCGCCCUUAUUCAAAGGAGUACCUCAACAACAUCAAAAUUGUCGAUCAGGGUGUGAAGGAGGUUGCUGAGCUCUUCCGCGACUUCUACCGCGAUGAUAGGACUGCGUUCGUGUUUACCGCAGACCACGGUAUGAGCGACUGGGGAAGUCAUGGCGAUGGUCACCCAGACAACACACGCACCCCCCUGAUUGCUUGGGGCUCAGGGGUUGCCAAACCUCAACUGUACCCAGGUCAAGUGGCGCCCGGCCAUGAUGAGUAUUCUGCGGACUGGAACUUGGACCACGUCAGGAGGCAUGAUGUUGCUCAGGCUGAUGUUGCUGCUCUCAUGUCCUACCUUGUUGGCGUCGAGUUUCCUGCCAACUCGGUCGGCGAACUUCCCCUGUCGUUCCUUGCUGCCGACAUCAAAGAGAAGGCCGAGGCCUCGCUGGUGAAUGUGCAGGGUAUCUUGGAGCAGUACCGUGUGAAGGAGGAAAAGAAGAAGGCCACUGAGUUGAAGUAUAGGCCAUAUCAGCCUUUUGGUGACAGCGGCCUUUCUCCGGAACGUCGCGUUGCCGACAUUCGCCAGCUCAUCGAUGCCGGCCGUUACGAGGAAGCCAUUGAAGAAUCAGCUGCCCUUAUGAAGGUCGGCCUUGGUGGCUUGAGAUACCUCCAGACAUACGACUGGCUAUUUCUGAGAGCACUCAUCACCAUCGGUUACCUCGGCUGGAUCGCUUAUGCUCUUACAACGGUCGUUGAUCUUCACGUCCUACAUGGUCGUGUGCGGCCUUCGAGAACUCUUGGCGGAGGCCUGUUCUUCACCUCAGUUCUCGUCGCGUUCUAUGCGUCUUUUGUCAUCUCAAAGUCACCCCUCACCUAUUACGCUUAUGCCUUCUUCCCGGUCUUUUUCUGGGAAGAGGUUUGUGCGCGUCGCGCAAAUGUUGCGGAAGGUCGUAGGGAAUUGCUUGGCCAUAUCAACUCGGGUGGCAGUGUGGCCUCGUUUGUGCUCAACAGCGCGCUUUAUGUUGGCGCCAUUGAGUCGCUUGCCCUGGGCUACAUCCACCGCGAGAUUCUCACCAUUCUCUUCGUGCUAGGUUCUUUCUGGCCUUUCACCCAUGGUCUGUCCUUCCUCAAGAAGCAUGGUGCGCUGUCUGCCACCUGGUUCCUCUCUUGUAUCGCCAUGAGCACCUUUACGCUUCUGCCAGCGAUGAAGGUAGAGGACGUCAACCUCAUUACGAUCGGGGGCGUCUUGAUGGUCGUCAUCGGCCUUCUUUACCUUAUCUUUGAGGACUUUGUCCUCGCUGACUUCUCAUGGAACGCGAAGCCUGCUUCUAGGAACCACCUGUCUAGGUCACUUGUCGGUAUCCAAGUAGGCCUCACUGUGCUUUCCAUCAUCAUCACUCGAUCCAGUGCCCUUUCGCUGCAGGCCAAGCAAGGCCUUCCUCGUGGCAACCAGAUUAUGGGCUGGGUUACUCUUGUCGCAUCACUCCUCAUGCCCUUGGCCUACCGUUUGCAACCCAACAACCACUACAUGCACCGGAUCCUUGUCAUCUUCCUCACCUGCGCUCCGACCUUUGUUAUUCUCACCAUCUCCUACGAGGGUCUCUUCUACCUCGCCUUCUCCGCUCUUCUCGUGAGCUGGGUCCGCCUCGAACACGCAGUCCAGAAGUUCUCCUCCAAGACGUCACAGGUCACCACCAAGAAGGGAACUACAUCCACCGAAUCUCAUCUCCCAGCCCCCUUCCGGCCCCUGACUCUCCACGAUGCCCGCGUCGCCCUCUUCUUCUUCAUCCUCCUGCAAUCCGCCUUCUUCUCAACCGGCAACGUCGCCUCCGUCUCGUCCUUCUCUCUCGACUCGGUUUAUCGCCUCAUCCCCAUCUUCGACCCAUUCUCGCAGGGCGCCAUGCUGAUCCUCAAGCUCAUGAUCCCGUUCGCCCUCAUCAGCGCCAACCUGGGCAUCCUGAACAAGCGUCUCGGCGUCGCGCCCUCGGCCCUGUUCAUGGUGGUCAUGGGGAUCAGCGACAUCCUGACACUAUACUUCUUUUGGGUGGUCAAGGAUGAGGGCAGCUGGUUGGAGAUUGGAAGCACGAUUAGUCAUUUUGUUAUUGCGAGCUUGUUGUGCGUUUUUGUGAGCGCUUUGGAGCCAGUUAGUGCGGCGUUUAUUGCUGGGGUUGAGGUUGGAGAAGAAAGUGAGAUUAUCGAGGAGGGGAAGGUGGCGGAGAAGGUGGUCGAGAAGGUUACUGAGGUUGUUGAGGGCUUGGUCGGUGGUGACAGUUGA